CCGUGUUAUUUGCUGCUCUCUUUGUAUUUGGCAGCACUGUCUGGGGCGACAACAAAGGACGGACGUCUACUGUAAUUUCACUUGUUUUGAGCCUGCAGAAGGCUCAGUCAGACACUUCGUGGUCGUCUGCAGUCGGUUUUUCGUGUUGUGCAUUUAGUGCUCAGUCAAAUCCCGCCGACGUUGUAUGAGUUCAGAUUGUUUUCGAUGGUUAUCGAUUUUCAGCUGAAUUCCCAUCUGACUACACUGGCCAAUAUCCACAAGAUCCACCACACCUUACACCGGCUGAAUCUGACCGAAGACGUUGGACAGGACAGCCACCCCUCAGCUUGCUGCUCUAGAGUCAUGCCACCGAGAAAAAAGAGGAGGCCUUCUGCCGGAGACGACCUGUCGGCCAAGAAAAGUCGCCAAGACAGCAUUUUCAGAAAACACGAGACAUCGCAGAUCCGGGAGGAGGAGACGUUUUCCAGUAAAAGAUGUUUGGAGUGGUUCUAUGAGUAUGCAGGUUGUGAUGACGUCGUGGGUCCAGAGGGCAUAGAGAAGUUCUGCGAGGACAUUGGAGUAGAGCCAGAGAAUGUGGUGAUGCUGGUUCUGGCUUGGAAGCUGGAUGCUCAGAGUAUGGGGUACUUCACUCUUCAGGAGUGGCUAAGAGGCAUGGGCUCACUGCAGUGCGAUUCCACUGAGAGACUGAGGAAUUCCCUCGACUACCUGAGAUCUGUCCUGAGCGACAGCACCAGUUUUAAGCUCAUCUACAGAUACGCCUUUGAUUUCGCUCGGGAAAAAGAUCAGAGGAGUCUGGACUUGAACACAGCAAAGUGCAUGCUGGGGCUUCUCCUGGGGAAAACAUGGCCUCUGUUUCCUGUGUUUAAUCAGUUUUUAGAGCAAUCCAAGUACAAAGUCAUCAACAAAGACCAGUGGUGCAAUGUUUUAGAGUUCAGCAGGACAAUCAACCUGGACCUUAGUAACUAUGAUGAAGACGGUGCCUGGCCUGUUUUGCUGGAUGAGUUUGUGGAAUGGUACAAGGAAAGACAGAUGUCAUAGCUGCAGAUGAGGGUUUCAGGGGGUGAAUGGAAGAAAAAAAAACAAAGUUUAACUGUGACCACAACUACUCUUGAGCAUAAACAACCAAUAAGCAAAACCCAACAAAAUCGUUAAGGCAGUGACAGUUGGUGCCUCCGGGUUAAAAAGAAGGGGUUCGGCUGUGGGUGGGUGGGGGGUUUUGCUGCCCGCCGACUCCCCGUUUGGAGGAGCGCUGUCCUUGUAGAGGACUCCCUAUGGAAGUUGCAUUGGGGGUGGACCCCCAUUCCCGAACCCCGCCGAGUGGCGUUGCUCUCUGUCACUGUGACGUCUCAUAUUGUUGUCUGUGUUGGGAUAACAUGGUGUCUAUCAUACGCUGACGGUGGAAACAUAAUGGCGUAGUCAGCGCAGGGAAACCAAGAGGGGCGACCAUUGACGCGUGGAUCACUCGGAAACCCCUAGGCACACACACAUUAAAAGACCCGUGCAAUGAACUUUGACCUGAGCUCCUCGGGACAGAUGGCACUAACUACUGUCUGUGGGUUUGUUUAGUUUAGUAGUUCUCCUAAAAGCACACUGUGUCAAAGGGUUGACUGCAGGUUUCUGAUGCCUGCACCGUUUACUAUCAGAAAAAGCCAGUUUGUUCUUUCCCUCCAUUUUUUUUUCUUUCCUCCUCUGUCCCUCCUCCUGUUCUGCUGAUAACUUUCUGCUAGCCCCAUGCAAAGACUUCAGACUUCACAACACCAAACGAAUCAGCAUUGCUGCUUACUAACUCUUACUACAGUGCAAACGUGAGCCACCAGCGCUCUGCUCUGCAUUCAUUGGUGUAACGACGGUUUAUGUCUCUACGCUGCGUAGAUAAGAGUAUUACUGUGCCUCAAACAUGGAAAGUCGUAUUGUGUGUCCCGCACAGAAACCAACAAACCCUAACAUUUCUACAUGUGACUCUACGGUGCCUUUCAAAAGUAUUCAUACCUCUUACUUUUUGGCCCCCACAUAGUUUUUGCAAAACAAACACAAAUUCCUACGCAUUUUAUUGAGAUUUGAUGUAAUGGACCAACACAAAGUAGUGCUUCGUUAUCAAGCGGAAGGAAAACGAUGCUUAAAAAAAAUUAAAAUUGGACCAUGCAUUUGUAUUCAACCCCCCUGAAUUAGUUCUGCUUACAACUACUUUUCACAGCAAUUAUAGUUGUAAAUUUUUUUUAGGUUAUUUAAGUCUACUAGCUGAGUUAAUUUGAACGUCAAACUGGAAAUCAAGUUUAUAUUUUUUUGCAGACUCCAACUGAUUUUUCUUUCUGUGUUUUGCUAAUUUAGCAGUUUGCCUAUCAACUCCAUUUCUGAAAAGAACAGCAUUACCACAGCAUGAUCCUGCCACCACCAUAAAUAACGGUGGGGGAUGAUGAAGUGGGCUAGAAAGUUACAUUUUGGUCUCAUUUGACCUGAGUUCACUGUAUCUUAUGGUAGAUGCUACUUCUGAUGCCUUUUUUAAUGCAUUUCCUUUAGCCAUUCAUACCGUACUUGAGGGUCAGAUUUAUGGAGUACGAGUCUUAGAUUAGUCAUUCAGUUUUUCACAACUUCUUCUGCUUAUCUAGCUGUUGUCUGUUUGGGUAGACAGUUUCACCACUUCAUUUACAUUUUAAGAUGAAUAUUUGAAGAAUAACCUGAACAAUGUUCCAGGCUCAGGAUGUGAACUCUGCUUUAAAUCCUUGUCUGAAUUUAUUUACUAAAAUAAGUUGGUUUUUUUGUUUGUUUGUUUGUUGUUGUUGUUUUUUUUUUUUUUUCCAAACAAUCUAGAUUAAUUUGAAUAUAGCAUGUACCAGAUGUAUAAAUGUAAGUAUUUAGUAAAUGAUCUAUGUUGGAAAGGAUUUAGAAUGAUUGUGACCGCUAGAGAACAGCAAAGUGCUUCCAGUAUAAUUUAAUAUGCAAUAGUGGUAUGCAUACACCGCCUUGUUUCCAUAGUGGUUACACAUCUUCACAACUUUCUCCUUGGCCUGUCUGCAGUUUUCUUUUUUUUUUUUUUUUUUUUUUUUCCCCAGAGUAAAUAGGACCUGAUAUAAACACACCACACAACUCUCAAAUUUGGAUUUAAAAAAAAAAAGAAAACCAAACUUCAUUUUCCUUCCACUUCAGUAUGGUGCACUGAUUUGUGUUGGUUUGUCACAACAACAAAAAAAUCCCCAUCAAAAUGCACCAAUGAUUGUGUUUGCAACUUGACAAAAUGUGGGGGGCGAGGGGAAAAAUCAGGGUUGCUCAACGCUUUUUGGAAGACACCGUACAUUCAGGACAUGCAGGCAAUGACACACAAGUAGUCAGGUAACCUUUCAGGACGAUUUCAGACUGUUUAGGCUGUGUUACAUAGUGCCAGAUGGUGUCCAUUUUUUUUGUCUUGGUAUUUGGCAUUUGUUCGUCUUCCUCAGUCCAUGGAUAGUUUCUGGUCUCCUUUUUAACGAGUAGCAUUCCUCCCAACGCUGACAGUGUUACUGCAGCUGCAGUGGAACACCCGAGACCCUGCGAGGACGCGGCGUCCUUUAGGCUAGCGAGGUAGGUUUGCUCAAAGCGUUUCUUUGUACCACCCGUAGGGCGUACACGGAAAAAAAAAAAUGUGGACACUGACCGUUUGAAAGUGUGUGAUGAUGCUAUGCUGUUCUGUUCGCCUCGUGUAAUGUUAUUGUAACACAUGUAUAAAAUCUUUUUUGUCUUUGACUGUGAUGUGAUGCUGCACCGUCAGAAGAUUUACUAUUUGCAUGCAUGCUCUGACAGAGCCUUUUGUGAAUGGAUGAGAUUUUUUGAAAACAUUUUUCAGACAUGCUUUGUUUUGUACAGUUAUUUGUGCAUGUGUUUUGUGCUUAAUUUGACAAACACAGUCAUGUUAGUUUAUUUUUCCUAUGAAAAAAAAAAUUUAAAAAACACACAAUUGUGUCCACUACGACCUGGAACACACCUGUAACCUCAUGGUGGCUCAGGAGUUCCCUCCUGCAUUUAUCCCAUCCCACGCAUCAUUAUGUAGAGAGUAAUAAGACAGCUGCAACUGGUGUGAAGACGCUUAUUUUAUUUUGAAGUUCAUGCAAUAUAUAUUUUUUUGAUGUAUAUCUUUUUUUUUUUUUCUUUCUGCAGUUGUCAUGAUGCACAUAGAAAUCAGUUGUUAGAUCACACACAUAUGAGUCCAUUGGGGAUCUCCACCAUUAGCAAAAACUGGAUUUAACUGUUGCAUUGCUUUCCAAAUACUGUGUAGAGAUUAAUCUUUUAGUAUUCUCCAGUGAAAAUGCAGGAGGAUGAACAGCCGUGUCCCGACUGUAAAUAUGUAUGUAAACAAUGAGUGUCUAUAUGUUUGUUUUCACUAUAACCAAUGUCUAUACACAUAAAUAAAAAAGUUUAUUAACUUA